AACAACAGAUAAUCAUGCACAAUAAACUAUUCAUUUUCUGCUCUGUAAUCCUUUCAAUUUUAAAUACAAUUCGAGCCGACGAGCAUAAUCAUAUUUAUGAAGAUCAUGAAGAAGUAGUUCUGUGGAUGAAUACAGUUGGUCCAUUUCAUAAUAGACAAGAGACUUAUGGAUAUUUUUCAUUGCCUUUUUGCGUUGGCAGUAAACAAAGUAUCUCACAUUAUCAUGAGACGAUGUCAGAAGCACUGCUAGGUGUAGAAUUAGAGUUUAGUGGAUAUUCAAUUGAUUUUAAAGAUAGUGUACCUAAAGGAACUGUCACAUGUAUGGUUGAAUUGGAUGAAGAGAAAUAUAAGGCAUUUGUAUAUGCUGUAAAGAAUCAUUAUUGGUUCCAGAUGUAUAUUGAUGAUCUGCCAAUAUGGGGAGCAGUUGGUAAAGAGCAUGAAAAGAAAUAUUACAUACAUACACACAAACGAAUUGAUAUUGGAUAUAAUGGCAAACAAAUUAUUGAUGUUAAUUUAACAAAUGAGCAUGAACAGCUUCUUCAUGUUGGAGCUAAAAUCUCAUUCACAUAUGAAGUCAAUUGGAGACCAUCUACUGUCGAGUUUAAGGAUCGCUUUGAUAAAUAUCUUGAUCCAAAUUUCUUUCAACAUCGCAUCCAUUGGUUUAGCAUCUUUAAUAGCUUUAUGAUGGUCAUUUUCCUUGUAGGACUUGUUUCAAUGAUUUUAGUAAGGACAUUAAGGAAAGAUUAUGCACGAUAUAGUAAGGAUGAAGAAAUGGACGAUAUGGAAAGAGACUUGGGCGAUGAAUAUGGAUGGAAAAAUAUUCACGGUGAUGUCUUUCGUUCCUCAUCAUAUCCAAUAUUAUUCACAUCAUUAAUUGGUUGUGGAUAUCAACUGACUAGUGUCGUACUUUGUGUUAUUUGUUUCGCUAUUAUGGGCGAACUGUAUACUGAACGUGGAUCGUUGUUAUCGACUGCGAUAUUUGUAUAUGCUGCAACAUCACCAAUUAAUGGAUAUUUUGGUGGAUCUCUUUAUUCAAGAAUGAGUGGAAAAGUAUGGAUUCGUCAAAUGCUUUUAUCAGCAUUCCUUAUACCAAUGUGCAUCUGUGGCACUGCAUUCCUUAUCAAUUUCAUUGCAAUCUAUUAUCAUGCAACACGUGCAAUUCCUUUCGGAACUAUGCUAGCUGUAACAUGCAUUUGUCUUUUUGUGAUUUUACCAUUAACAAUGGUUGGAACGAUUGUUGGACGAAACUUAAGUGGACAGCCUGAUCAUCCAUGUCGAGUUAAUGCUGUUCCACGACCAAUUCCUGAGAAGAAAUGGUAUAUGGAACCAGUUGUCAUCACAUUAUUAGGUGGAAUUCUACCUUUUGGCUCAAUUUUCAUUGAAAUAAUGUACGGGCUGUUUCAAACUGUCUUUUAUUUCGGAUAUAUGGCAAUGUUUAGUGGAGCGUUAGGCAUGAUAUGUGGAACUGUAGGAUAUAUUGAAUUGAACAAUAAAAUGUCAACAUCACUUCGUGAGCAAUUAUUGAAACUUCAAACGCCACAAUCUUCUCAGUUUGUGGAUACUAGACGUCGUGACUCGAUUCUAUUUACACAAAAGGAUGCAGCAACAAAGAGCCGUGAGACGAUCUAUGAAAUUGGAUUGAGUGGAUUAAGAGAACUGAUUGAUAUUGACGAUUCCUUUUCUGAAUUUGAGAAUACAUUGUUUGAUUUUACAGUAAAGGAUGUCCAACGUGCUGUUGAAACUGAUGAGGUCAAUAAGCUACUUAAUAAGAACAUUAAACGAUUCAUGUUCCAUUUAUCGCCUUAUUUCCUCAUUCCUUCAUCACAUAAAUGCCUGGAAUGGCUUAUUCGUCGGUUCAACAUUAAUCUAUACAAUAAAGAGGAAAUGCUUAUGCUGAUUCUUCCUUAUCAUCAUACAAACAUGUUUGUUCGAUGUAUUCAAAUUAUGAAUUUUGACAAUUCAUCAGACAAGUGGAACUUCCUAAGUGAAGUUAAAAAGACAUCAACACCGUUGUCUAAGCUUACUCUAUGGAAUCACGGUGCUUCUCAAACUGAUUUCCUCGAUUUUGUUGGAAAAUUUACUUACGAUGCUGUAAAGGAACUUGAUAGAAGUGCAGGAAAAUUACAGACAAUGAUUUCAUUCUAUUUUACAUCUAUGGUCGGAUCUUUAGAACAUGCCUCAAAAAUUAAUGAUAAUCACAUCGUAACUGUGUCUAGAUUUUUAUUAAAAACAUACAAGUCUAACAUAACUGAUUAUAAUGCUGCCGGAUUUAUGAUUACUGCACAGCUUUUAGCUAAAAGUAGUUUGAAGGAAAAGCUUCUUUAUGAAUUUAUGGAUCGCAUCACUAAGUCAACAAACAUUAAGCUAGCAAGAGACUGCAUUUUGUUACUUGCUCUUAUGUUUCAAACACAAACUGAUGAGCUCAAAGUCAGCGAUGUAACUCUUCACAAUUUGAUGCAAAUGAAAGGAUUUUUGAUGAUUUUAAAGCAAGCAAUGAGAGAAGGAAAGAUGAUCACUGAUUUCUAUAAAGCACUUAUCUACAAGUUGUUGAUCAAAAUCCAGGAAAAGGAUGGGAAUUUCCUACAAUACAAGGAAUUUUGUGAAAACCUAUUGAACGAAAUUGACAUGGAUGAUGAUCUUGCCUGCAUAAUUAUCAGAACAAUCUUAGACAGUUACGUUCAAGAAGAUACUAAAAGUCCACAAACUCAAUCUGAUGAUGAAAUAGUUCUAUUAGACUCUGAUGAUGAGAAUAUUCCAUUAAAGUCUCAAGAUGUGACUAUUUGGUUCUCAAACCUGCUAAAAACACUUGAAAGACAAUAUCCCAUGUCAUUUGAUAUUGUUGUUAAGAAUGUAAUGACUAGAAUUCCUGGACGUAAACGUAAUGGACUAAAGAAUGUAUUAGGAUUUCUGUUGAAUGUUUCAUGCUCGACGAAUGAUACCAACAUAUUCGAGAACCUGUAUCAUCAUAAUCCACAUAUCCGUUCUGAAGCUGUCUCAUAUCUCGUCAAAAACCUGAAAUCGAUUGAAAGAACGCCAGAAAAUAUCGAUAUAUUAAAAAUGACAUUAACUGAGAGACUUAAUGAUGAUAAUCAGCUUGUUGUGCUUGAAAUGUUCAAAAUGGAUUUUGUUUUUCUAAACGAAACUGUCGGAAGUGAUGAAUUAGUUGCAAGAUUAUCAAAGAUUUUAAUGAAAUAUUGGGCCAAGCCUGAAAAGUGGAAUGAAAUUGCAAAAUUGGCAUUAAACAAGAUGACUUCAGAAGUGUAUAAAGGCUGUACAGACACAAAUAUUGUCCUUUUUGCUUUAAUGCCAUUUUUAUUUCCAAAAGACUCGAAAUCUUUAGAAUUCGCUCAAAUUAUUAAGAAUUCAAAUUAUGCAGCAACACAAGAUGCUCUCAAGAACUUACCUGCUAUUCCAAAAGAUCAUGUUAAGUGCUGUGAAGUCAUGAACGGAUAUUUUACAAGCCACAAGAAUUUGCCACCAAGUUAUUCAAUUCUACAGACUAUAACUCACAUUGUUAUCGAUAAUCACCAACUUGGCAGCAUUAAGGAGAAUUUUGCAUUUUAUUUAUUUGCUUGUUCCUUAAAAUCACCAAUUGAACAUGAAUUUGCAUUGAAAGUGCUUCAGAAUGUCAAAAAAGUUUACAACUUCCCGAAUUCGACAUUUAAUAAUUUAAAGAUCAUCAACGUGCAUCUUAAGAACCACGAAUUAUCGACUGACUUAAUGUCAACAGUUCUGAUUAAGCUUAUUAAUUGCAUAAAAUUUACAAGCUUUGAAAUCAACUUUGCAAGCCCAAACUUAGAAAUGAGGCUGAUCCUUGAAAUUUUCCAUUUUAUCGUCGACUUUUACUUUAAAGUUCAGCAAGUAUACCGCAGAGAUGUCAAUGAAGUCAUGAUUGAGUUUUUGGACAAAAUUUGCAACUCAAAUGAAUUAAAGAAGCUUGAAUUUUUAUCGCAAUUUUGUGUCCUUCACGCUGCUCAGUAUGAAUCAUGUGUGGAUAUCCUUGAGUUUCAAAUUAGAGUUAUGAACUUGUUCCAUCAUGUCCUGAAGAGUAAUCUUGUUAAUGUUCAACAUUACUCAAAUAUUAUGCAUCAAAAUGUCGUCUUAUCUUUAUGCUCAAAGUCUAAUAAAAUCCGAGAACUUGGAAUUAACAUAAUUGGUGAUUUAGAGAACCAGAACAUUGCUGAUAACUGGAAGUUCUUUUAUGGGAAGAUACUGGCAAGAAAAAGUGAAAUUUUGAUGGAUAAUGAGCAGAUUAAAAUGAUAACCUACUUACUGGCUAAUAAAAAGUCAUCAAAGUACAUCCAGGAGAUAAGAGACAAUAUGUUAAAGACUAUAAGCAAUGAAGCUACAUUUGAUUAUAUAAAAUCGGAACUAUUGAUGCUGUUGAAGCAUUUUACAGACAGAAAAGUUUUGGAUGUUUCAGCUCAAAUUGCCACAAAGAUUAUCGACGAGUUUAAUGACAAGGAAAAUUACUUUUUCAAUGAGAAUCAUGCAGCAAUUAUCAAGCUUGUUCUUAUGAAAUUCAAUCAUAUUACAGUUAGUGGAUUAUGGAAUCUGGCAUUAAAGUCACUAAAAUGUCAUUUCAUUAUGAACGAUGAGGAAGGAAAGAUUUUAACACCGUCGAUUCUACUCCUGCAAGCAAUUGAUAAUGAACUUUAUGCUAAAUUACAUCCAGAUCAUAAAAUGGAAAUUUUUAAUGCAAUAAUUGAGUGCUCAAUGAAUGAACAGCCAAGGAUUAUUCAGAAUGCACAGAAAGUCUUUUAUAGCAUCGAUCCUGACUGUAAAAUAAUCAAGAAUUGUCUUUUAAAGUUGACUAAAUCCACACACGCUAAAAACGCUAAAUCCAGUGAACUUUUUGCAUCUAAAGAUUGGAAAUUUGGAAUUGCACUAUUGGAACUGCUACAAAAUAAGACAAAAGAUAUUGAGGGCGAGCAUGAAUUGCUUGCACUUCUCUUUGACAUUCUUCAAAAUUGUUUACGCUCGUCAGAAUCGGAUAUAGAGUACAUUAAGCAAAUUAUUUUAUCACUUCUGUUGACAAUUUGUAAGCAAAUUUCAUUAAAUGGUAAAAAUCAUCGUGCUUUGGGUAUCAAUGAUUCAGUCUUUAAGACAGAAUUGAUUAUAAGAUGUAUUAAGGAAACACAAAAUCCGCAAACUCAUCAUCAUUCAUUAUUAUUAUUGGCACAACUCGCACUAAUGAUUCCUGAUCAAGUUCUACGUGAUAUAAUGACAAUAUUCACAUUUGUUGGAACCACCUUAGUUCGUCAUGAUGAUUCAUAUAGUUUUCAAAUCAUUACAAAAAUUAUUGAAAAUAUAAUUCCUAAUUUCUUGAAAGGAGCACAAAAGCAGGAAGUAAUUCCGAUUUUAAAGACAUUUGCGGCUAUUGCUUUGGAUGUUCCUGUUCAUCGUCGUAUGAUGCUUUAUGUCAAAUUGAUGAAUACAUUUGGUGCUGAGAACUUUUUGUGGAUGUUUAUUGGUGCACUUUUGGAGAUUCAAGUCUCACAACAUCAAAAAGGAGGCAGUCAGGAAGAACUUCCAGUUCGUCUGCAAAUUGCAUUGUCAAUUGCUAAGGAGUUUGAUAUAAAAACUAUAGUUGCUACUGCUACAUCGUUAAUUGUCUAUUUGAAGGAACUGCCAAUGAUUAUUGAUCACACGAAGUCCGAAUUUGAUUCUGACAACGAGAACAAAAUAUUCUGCUUAAAGACUCACACAAGUGGACAAGUAAGGCAUUUCAAGUACCUCGUGUCAUUAUUUUUGAAAUACAUCCUUGAGUCACCAGAAGUUUCGAACAUGGCACAUCAAAUGAGUCAGGAGAAGGUUAUAGAAAUGAGAACUCAAUUCCAAGACUUGAUUUUAAAUACACUCAUAUUGAUUCCGGACAUUACUAAGUUUAUUGAGCUUAAGCAGCAUGAAAAGUCAUGGCAAAUUAUUCUGCAAACAUCAUUUGAUAUUUUGGAAGCAUCAAUUGCAUUAUUGGCACCAGAUAUGCUACUCGUAGUCGUCGAGAAGUUAAUUUGUCAUGACUUUUUGGUCGUACGUAAGAAAGUGCUUGAAUUGCUGAACAGAAAACUCGAAGAUGAUUACUUUAAGAACUGCGAGAAUCAAAAAUUAUUAAAAUUAAUGAUUCCACUCAAGAAUGUCUACGAAAUGAUUGGAGAACAGAAUGUGAAGCUAGCCGAAGAAGUCGUCCAACAAAUGACGUUAAUAACAAUAAAACUACUGGCACGAAAAUUGUGUGAGGAAACGCCUGAUCCAUUUAUUGAUUGUCUGAAUCAUUUAACGAACGUUAUGGACGAUAAAAAUAUUCGAGUUCCAGUCAUGAUUAAUUUAGUUGAUUGCGUCGCUGAACUUGUUGGAGAAUUAAAAGUUCAUUCGAUUUCAUUGCUCGGUAAAAUUAUGCCUAAUUUGGUCAAGCUAUUGACAGUUCAAGAUGAUAAUCCAUCAACGCUAUUGCUACUCCAUUCAGCCACAUCGUCUUUAUUGAAAAUCAUUGAAACUGUUCCUCUAUUUUUGAGUCCAUAUCUUGUACAAAUUAUUUUACAAUUAAUUCGAGUAUAUCCAGUCUUGAAACUUAUUAAUGACUCAAAGAUUACGUUGACAAUUGGAAAGAUUCGUAAGAUUUGGGAGACAUUUGCAGAAUCAGUUCCAUCAAGAAUUUUAAUUCCAACAAUUCACGACAUUUAUGAGAAAAUUAAUCAAAAGUGCCAAUAUACAUCAAUUGAACCAUUAAUGGAACUAAUGAAUGAAAUCUUCCAAAAGACAGACAUAAAGGACAUAAAGAGUUAUCAAGGAGAACUAACUGAAUUCUUCAUGAAGGCUCUUCAGUUCCGUUGCAAUGUAAAAGAUGAUGACGAAAUUAGUUUCAAUGAAAUAAAUGACAUCGAGCUAUUCAUCAUUCGAGCAUUAAUUGCAUUAAUUUUAAAACAAUCCGAAGGCAGUUUCCGACCACUUUUUGAGAAUAUCUCUAAUUGGGCAAUUAAAGAUACAGAAGAGAAUGACAAUAAUCGUUUAAUUACAUUCUUUAGAUUGACAACUGAAAUUUCGAUCGCAUUAAAGUCACUGUUCUUACUAUUCGCGUCAGAUCUUGUCGAUUGUGCUGGUUCCAUUCUUGACAAAUGUAAUGCAUCGAAAGUUGAUGAAUUAUUCUUUGUUGGUGACACAGACAAGACUUUAUAUCUUAUUGAAUUCAUAUUGAGGACAUUAAACAACAUGUUCCUUAAUGAUCAUCAAAAUUUCAUCAAUUCACAACGUUUUGAGGUCAUCAUGCAGCCAAUUGUGGAUCAAAUGGAAAAUGUCGAUGCAUUAAAGAAUGAAAACUUUCUUCAAUUAUUAAGAAUGACUAUUGGACAAUUGGCUGUUGCUGCUUCUGAUGAUAUUCUAUGGAAACAAUUAAAUCAUCAAGUUCUGCUCAAGACACGCUCAGAAAAUCCAGAAAUAAGAAUUUUGGGCGUCAAGACAUGCGUUGACAUAGCGAGAAAAUUAACUGAGGAUUAUGAGACACUUAUACCUGAGACGAUUCCAUUCUUAUCGGAAUUAUUGGCAGAUGAAGAUUAUCAUGUUGUUCAGGCAUGCGAAAGUUCCGUACGUGAAUUGGAAACGAUUGUUGGAGAAUCUUUACAGAAAUAUUUUUAAAUUAAUUUCAACAAAAUUGAGUUAUGUAAAGGCAAGGAACACGAAAUAAAUAGGAUUUAAACAAAUUU